AUGGCGCCGCCAAACCCCCUCGUCGACGCCGCCUUCACCCUGACCACCCGCUUCACCAACCUCUCCCCCUACCUCCUCCUCCCCAUCAUCCUCACCACGAUCCUCAUCCUCAACUCCGCCCUCCGCUCCCUCCUCCUCGCCCAGAAAGCCCGUCGCCUGUCCUGCAAACCACCGCCCCUCGAACCGACCACCCUCCCGCUCGGCAUCGACACCGUCCUCGCCUCCCUCCGCGCGGACCGCGAGCAGCGCACGCCCGACCACGUCGCCGCCCGCUUCGCCGCCCUCGGCGUCCACACCUUCCGCAUCGCCCUCCUCGGCACCACCAACCUCGUCACCGCCGACCCGCGCAAUGUCCAGGCCCUGCUCGCCACCCAGUUCGCCGACUUCGGCAUGGGCGCCGCCCGCAGCACGAACCUCAAGGCCGUCCUCGGCCGCAGCAUCUUCGCCGCCGACGGGCCCGCCUGGCGCUCCGCGAGGGAGAUGAUGCGCCCGCUCUUCAGCCGCGACAACGUCUCCCGCCUGGACCUGCUCGAGGCGCAUGUCCAGACGCUCUUCCGCUGCAUCGAGCGCGGCGGCCUCUCCGAAAGAUGGACAGCCCCCGUCAGCCUCGCCUCCCUCCUCCCCUCUCUCACCCUCGACUCCGCGACGGAGCUCUUCCUCGGCCAGAGCACCUGCACCCUCGCCGCCCGCCUGCGCCACGACCACGCCCACCCGGGGAUGGCCUUCCACCACGCCUUCGAGCGCAUGCUGGCCCUCCUCGGCGUGCGCAUGCGCCUGCGCAGCUUCUACUGGGCCUACGGCACCGCCGAGCUGCGCUCCUGCGUGAAGACGCUGCACGCCUUCGUCGACGACGCCAUCGCCGCCUCCGACGACGCCCAGAAACGGGGGGAAUCCCUCGCGCGCUACGACUUCCUCACCGUCCUCCGCGAGCGCUGCGACGGCGACGAUAUGGAGGUCCGCGAGCAGGUCCUCGGCCUCCUCGCCGCGGGCCGCGAUACCACGGCGAGUCUGAUGAGUUGGGUGUGGUACUGCCUGCUCCGCUCCCCGCGCGUCUUCGCCAAGCUCCGCGCCGAGGUCCUCUCCACGUUUGGCACCUAUUCGGAAGACCCAGCGGAGAGGGUGACCUUUGCAACCCUGAAACAGUGCACAUAUUUGCAACAUGUCCUCUCGGAGACGCUGCGCCUGCACUCCGUCGUGCCCUUCAACUCGCGCCGCGCCCUCGUCGACACGACGCUCCCCUGCGGCGGCGGGGCGGACGGCACAUCCCCCGUGUUCGUCGCGAAAGGCACGGAGGUCAACUUCAGCACGCACGUGCUGCACCGCCGGAAGGACCUGUGGGGCCCCGACGCGGACGAGUUCGUGCCGGAGCGGUGGGAGGCGAAGAGGGGCGCCGCGGGGGCUGCGUGGCAUUUCGCGCCGUUUAAUGGCGGGCCAAGGAUCUGCAUCGGGCAGCAGCUCGCGCUGACGGAGGCGGGGUAUGUGGUUGUGAGGAUGCUGCAGCGGUAUGAGGGUGUGGAAGGCCUGGACGUGGAUCUGGCGAGGGAUUGGCAUAAUUUCACGGUGGUGUGUAGUCCGGGGAGUAUGGUUGAUAGGAAUGAGGCGGUAUUGUGUCGGUUGAAGGUUGCGAAGGAGUGA